UUAAAUCUUGGAGAUUUAGAUCUGACUUCUGAAGAUUUUCUUCUAGAUGAAGUAGAUGUUCAUAUUCAACAGAAUUUGGAAGAUGAAAUUGUAAAGGAAGCUUUAAAAACAGGUGUUGAUUUAAGACAAUAUUCUAAACAGAUAGAAAAAGAACUGCUACAGGUUGAAAAUGCCUCCAUCAAAGACUAUAUCAAAGAAAGUCAGAAUAUAGCCAGUUUACAUAAACAGAUCUCAGCUUGUGAUACCAUCUUACAGAGAAUGGAAGAGAUGUUGAAUGGGUUUCAAGGUGAUUUAAGUUCUAUUAGUAAUGAAAUCCAGACUCUACAGGAACAGUCUAUAGCUAUGAACAUCAAGUUAAAGAAUAGACAGGCUAUUAGAGGAGAACUCAGUCAGUUUGUAGAUGAAAUGGUUAUACCUGAACAGAUGAUCAGGUAA